AAAUUGCAAUUCCAUCAUUUUCGUUAUCGUUCUUAGAUCUUUCUUCUUACGGGUCCCUGAAAUCUCACUAAAAAGCUGAUGGGUAAGAUAGGAUUGUUCGAUCUGGAGAAACAUUUCUCCUUUUAUGGAGCAUAUCAUAGUAAUCCGAUUAAUAUUUUGAUCCAUACUAUCUUCGUAUGGCCAUUAUUGUUCACUGCUCUUGUUAUCUUGUACUUUACGCCUGCCCUUAUUGAGUGUCCUUUCCAAUGUAAAAUUGGGUUGAUUCCCAAUAUUGGGUUCGUCUUUACUUUGAUCUAUGCUGGGUUUUAUAUCUGUUUGGAUAGGAAAGCCGGGACUUUGGCUGCUUUCCUCUGUUUAGUUUGUUGGGUUUUCGGUAGUUUGCUGGCGAAGAAUCUUGGUUUCUCUCUGGCUUGGAAGGUUGUUUUGGCGGCUCAGAUAAUCUGCUGGACUGGACAGUUCAUAGGACAUGGUGUUUUUGAGAGACGGGCACCAGCGCUCCUUGACAACCUCCUCCAAGCUUUUGUAAUGGCUCCUUUCUUCGUGGUGCUAGAGGUUCUUCAGAUGGGAUUCGGGUAUGAGCCAUAUCCCGGGUUCCAUGCCAGAGUGAAAGACAACAUUGACGCCGAGAUCAAAAUCUAUAAAGAGAAGAAGAAGAUGUAAAGGUAAAGGUGUUCCUUAAGAUUGAACAAAACUCACACUGAAACUUAUUUGUUCUUAUGAUGUAAAGAUUGGUUAAAAACAUAUGUGGAAAACUCUCAACUUCCUAAUACAGUGUGUGUGUAAUCUAAUUAAGAUAAUUUAUAUCGAGUCUGUUUGGAAUAUCAAUAAAUUUGAUUAUGUAGUUUAAUCAUUCCUUAA